CAUGUUUCCAAUAACACCUUCUCUUCUUUCUCCAUCGUUCAAAUUCCACUAAUCCAUCAUGACUGUGAAGAAAGUUGAGAUCAAGGUGGAUAUAAACUGUGGGAAAUGCAAUAGCUCAAUCUUGGAAGCAGUCACAGUGAUAGAAGGUGUGAAUCAUAUUUCAUUAGAUGAAGAGAACAACAUACUUACUGUGGUGGGGACAAUGGAUCCGGUCUGUGUAGCAUCACGGUUGAAGAAAAUUAAACAGAAACCUGUAAUCAUUAGCGUUGGACCACCACCAAAACCUCCUGAACCACCAAAGCCUCCAGAGCCUGAGCCAGCAAAGCCUCCAGAAGCGCCUGAGCUACCAAAGCCUCCAACACCACCACCUGAAAAACCAAAGCCUGUAUGCAAUUGCAAGCCUAUGACUCCUUACUGCGCAAGUUGUGAUGUUGUGUCUGUUACUACCUAUGAAAGUGGAAGCGGCUGCACCAUUCUUUGAGUCUUGUAUUUAUUACCUUAGUUACUACAACCUAUAUUUGUCAAGACUCGUUUCUUUUUCUAGAAUGCUAUUUUUAAUAAGAUAUGUAUUUUUGAUGUUGUUUCUUAUUGGAGAAAUGUAAAAUAAAACCCAAAGCAAUGUUUUGCUCAUAAGAGUUUACAUGCAAUCACAAAG